AUGAAGUUCAUCAGCUUCACCACGCUGUUUGCCAUGCUGGCGGCCAUCGUGCUCCUCUCGUUCUCGAGCAACGCCUCGACCCAGGAGCCCAAGGUGACCAACAAGGUCUAUUUCGACAUGGAGCACGACGGCAAGCACAUCGGCCGCAUUGUCAUGGGACUCUACGGUGACGUCGUCCCCAAGACGGUCGAGAACUUCCGCGCCCUCGCCACCGGCGAGAAGGGCUACGGCUACAAGGACAGCACCUUCCACCGUGUCAUCAAGAACUUCAUGAUCCAGGGCGGUGACUUCACCAACGGCAACGGCACCGGCGGCAAGUCGAUCUACGGCAACAAGUUUGAGGACGAGAACUUCACCCUCAAGCACACCGGCCCCGGCGUCCUGAGCAUGGCCAACGCCGGCCGCAACACCAACGGCUCCCAGUUCUUCAUCUGCACCGUCAAGACCUCGUGGCUCGACGGCAAGCACGUCGUCUUUGGCAAGGUCAUCGAGGGCAUGGACGUCGUCUCGUUCAUCGAGAAUGUGCCCAAGGGCUACGGCGACAAGCCUAGCGCCACCGUCAAGAUUGCCAACUCCGGCGAGCUGCCCGUCUCGGGCUCCGCCGACGGAAAGAACCCCGCGGUCCUGACCGACGCCAACACGCCUUCGGAACAGACUGCCCCCGCCGCGCUUCCCUCCGUCCCCGCUGCUGCUGGAACCGCCACGAACAACGUCAAGGCGAGCGAGAUCAUCGGCGAGACUACCGGCUCCAAGACCGCCGCCACCGACUCGUCGUCGUCGUCGUCAAACUACCUCUUUUUCCUCUUUUUCCUCCUCCUCGCCGGCCUCGCUUUCGGCAUCUACCGUCUCGGCGGUCCUGCAAAGGCCCAGGAGAAGAUGUACCAGGUCGUCGACAGCCUUCGCGGCAGGGAGAGGGGCAUGUACGCUCAGGUCUCGGGUGGUCUGCCCCGCUAG